ACCUAACCGUGGUACUGCAUCAUCUAUAUCUUCUAUAUAAUCCAUUCUCCACUUUCUUCUCUAUUAUCCACAACUCAAUACUACACACAACAACUUUUCAAUCAAUAUUAAUCUUCUCAUAAAAAUGGAAAAUAGAGAACGGAAGAUCAUGGUAGCUGUUGACGAAAGUGAAGAAAGCAUGUACGCACUUUCAUGGUCCAUCUCCAACCUUAUUUCUGACACCAACAACAAUAGCAAGCUUGUUCUUCUCUAUGUCAAACCACCUUCUGCUGUUUACUCACUGGAUUCUGCAGGGUAUAUAUUUUCCAGUGAAACAAUUGAUGCUUUGGAGAGAUAUAGUACACAGUUAGCUAAAUCAGUGAUGAAAAGAGCUGAAGCUAUAUGCAGAAACUUUGAUGCUACUAAUAUAAAUAUUGAGAAAGUAGUUGGAACUGGUGAAGCCAAGAGUGUUAUAUGCAACGCAGCGAAGAAACUAGAGGUUGACACCUUAGUUAUGGGAAGCCAUGGAUAUGGAUUCAUUAAAAGGACACUACUUGGAAGUGUGAGUGAUUACUGUGCUAAGAAUGCUAAAUGUCCUGUUGUCAUUGUGAAGCAACCAUAGUUCAUAAUAGAAUUUGGUUAAGGAAACUUGAAUUGCUGUGUUAUUUUACAAUUUGUGUAAUUAUCUUGUAUUUUAUAUGGUGAAUAAUAUAAAAGUAGUCUCUUGUUAUGUUUUUCAA